AUGUGAGUCAGCCCUCUCCCUCUUCCUGUAAGUCCACCCACUGGCUGGAUUUGGGGAUUUCUUUGGAAAACAGAUGCUCAGGGAGAGAAGCAGCUCUAUCAGAGACAACAAGGCUCACAAUGGGACACUAUGAAAGGCGUCGGAAUGUGUAACCCAAACAAUGCCUCUCUGAACCAAGCGCUCUCUUCUAAUCUCCCUGGGUGACGGGUUCCUGAGAACAACAAUUGCUGAAACACUUUAGAAGAGAAGAUCUGGGCAGGAACCAAUGGAGCAGCUUAUUAGAUAUCCCCAGGAACUAAAAUUCCUUCUAAUUGUACUAAUGCUUGGAAUACAGCAUUGCCAAGGAGCUAAAGUAUCAUUUACACCACUGAAUCUGGAAUUGUUCAUUGAAUCGUACCACCAGCGUUUGUCUGUAAGGUGGAGCAUUAGUGAGAGUGGCUCUUUGUCUGGCUCCGACAUCAUUUUUCACAUACAAGUUAGUCGAGAGACACAAAUGAAUAUCAUCAGGAACGAGACUUACAUAUCAAAGAAUUUGAAUGCUGACAAUCAGUUUACAUGGUCCUGGGAUUCUGAUGUUCCUUUAGAAUGUUACACUCACUUUGUGCGCAUCAGAGGUGCCCCAUCUGGAGACGAAUUUCCUGAAUGGAGUCCGUGGAGCCAAUGGAAAGGAAAAGAAAACCAGAGAGCAAAGCCUUACAUCUUCCCGCAUGAAAAAAUAGUUCAGGAAGGAUUCAGUGUCCGAUUUUGCUGCAUUCCGGGCAAAGAUCAAAAGGUUGCACAGUUGUUUUAUAGACAACCCUUGUACAAUGCACCUGCCAACAGCAAUGGCACCGUUGAGAUUGUCGUGCACAAUGUAUCCAGCACUAAUGCAGGUGGAGCAAAUGUUAUCUGCACCACAACCGAUGGGACCCAUAGAAUCAUGCAUGGAACUGUCCUCUUUGUCACCAAACCACCGGAUGAACCCAAAAACAUGUCCUGUGAAACACAAGAUUUAAAGACAUUAAUUUGCAGCUGGAACCCUGGAGAAAAAUCCAACUUGGAUGAAGAGCGUGCUCCUAAAUACAAUCUGCAUGAGAGGUUUUCCAACCAAAUACAAUUAUGUUCCAGAAACGAGUGCACUUGGCCCAUUGAGAAGAACCAGAAGAUAUAUAACUUUACUUUGGUUGCCGAGAACCAGCUGGGAAUGAAGAGCGUUAGUAUUGUGGUAGAUGCAGCACAAAGUGUUCAUCCACUGGCUCCAACAGACUUAGAAUUACAGCGUAUAAAUGCCACAAAUGCCGAGUUCAAAUGGACGUUGAAAGCAGAUUAUACAGGUCUUCUCUUAAUAUGCCAAACUGAACUUCAGAUGAACAAUCGGCAUACUGAAUGGAGAAACAUCACAGUUAUGGGUAAAGCAUCAACCUCUUUUUACACCAUCGUCCUUGACAGCCUGCAGCCAUAUACCAAUUAUACCAUGAGAUUGCGUUGUAUGGCGGCAACACACUUGUCUACAUGGAGUGACUGGAGUGAGCAGCUUGAACUCAGGACUCAUGAAGAUGUGCCAACAGCAGAACUUGACAUCUGGAGAGAAGUGAAGAGCUCUCAGAAUGGUAGAACUGUGACUCUUUAUUGGAGGCCUCUCUCUGAAAUCCAUGCCAAUGGAUGUAUCGUUCGAUACAACGUUACCUGGAGACGACUCUACGAUCGAUCUUUAUAUCAAAGCACAGUUGUCCAUCCACCACAUAACAGCACCCAGUUAUCGAUUGAUGGACAGGCUUAUGUGAUCCACAUUACGGCCCAGAAUGGAGCCGGCAGUUCACUGCCUUCAGAGAUAAGAAUAAUGAAAAAUGAUGAAAUUCAUGACAACUGGCAAGAAGGAAGAGUAAAUGGCAAAGAUGGGGGCAUUUACGUAUCAUGGAAGCCUCACCCUGCUAAUUAUCAUGGAUACGUUGUGGAAUGGUGCAACUUUCCUAAAUCUCAACAUUGUGAUCUUCAGUGGAAGAAAUUCAAUUCCAGUGUUGCUAGUGAUGUCAUAAAAUCUGGUGCCUUUCAUCCAGGCGUGAGAUAUACCUUCAGGAUUUUUGGAUCAAACGAAGAAGGGGAACAUUUUCUGGAAAAGAAGUCUGGAUAUAUAAAGGAACAGGCGUGUUCCAUGACGAUGACUAUAACGAUCGACGGAAUCAAAGCAGACAUGGUGCACCUGACGUGGGAUCCGUAUCACCGUGAUGUCUGCCAAGAAGGAUUUAUUACUCACUACAGAAUUUACUUAAAAAGCCCUGAAGGAACCUGUGGGAUGAAAGGUUCAACUGAACUCACUCUUACAGACGGGAAGAGCGUGUGUAUGAUUUCUAUCAAUGAUACUGAAAAGAAGAGCUUUUCUAUAAACGCCUUGAAACCAAACACAAAGUAUGAAAUCGCUAUGGUGGCCUCAACUGGCGGUGGAGAAAGUCCUCUUGUAUUUACUAAAGUCACAACUCAGCCAGACACAGAAGCAGUGAUUAUUGCCAUAGCCCUGCCGGUGAUUAUUGUGUCCAUCAUGUUGCUACAGCUGCUGCUCCUGGGGUGCUGGAAGAGGCAAUGGAUAAAGAACACGUGUUAUCCAGAUAUACCUGAUCCAAAUAAGAGUAAUGUCCUCUCUUUUUCAACCCAUAAGAAAGAUGAAGAAAAAGUGAUGGUGCCAAAAAACUGCGUCACUCAAAAAAUUGAAAUAAUGAAUCAGCAGGAACUGAGCAACGCCCUGAAGAAGGAGAGCGAGAAAGAGUCGAAUUGCUGGCGUGAAGCGAAGGACUGCGUCAAUUUUGGCAGCUCCCUGGAUGAUCUAAAAUGUACUGGCCCUUCAUAUCAAGCCUUUGAGGAUCCCAUCAAUCAGACUCAAUCAAGCAUCUAUUUGGAGUUCUUCAAAAGGGACUAUUGCGGCACUCCAGAAGAUGCUUCCGAAAUCCUAAUGAGUGAGAGCUAUCUGCCGCAAACAGAGAUCCAGACAACGGUGAUUCCAAAAUGAUCAUCAGUUCCUCUACAGAUGACUAAGCCACCGGCACAAGGAUUUACUGCACUUCGAAACCUUCUGAUAAACAGAGAACAAAAUCCCUAAACUCUACUGAGCUUAUUUAGGGAUGGGGGGUUGUUUACUUUUCUGGUCACCAAGACUGGAACAUCAUAGGCAGGUGUUAUUUGGGCACCCCUAGUUUAAACCUGGAGUGACAUGAGUGCAGCCAUGAUAGUGGGGGAUAGUGGUGCCCAAGCAACGUAAAGUAGGAAAUGCUACGCAAUCUUUGCACUUUUUUGCCAUUUACCCCGCAUAUCUUUCUUUGAGUCAAAGGUAGGGCCGUAUUUCUGCCUGUGCCUAGGGUGGCGCAAUUUUGGGGGCAGCCCUCGGGGUGCUUAAUUUUUUUUUCUUUUAAACCCUCCCUACCCUCGGACCUAAAAACAGCCCUGGUCACAGAUAUUAGCCAAAGAGAAAUACACAUCAGGACAUUUGUUACAUUUAUUGGCGUUAUAUUGAGAGGGAGGGAUUACACGGAAGCACAGCAUUAAGGGUAAAAUAAAGCUUAAUUUAUACACAUAAUUAUGUAUGGGAUAAGGAAUCACACGGGUUGCCACCUUUUCUGGAAAAUAAUACCGGCCUUCCUAUAUAUCUAUCUUUUUUCCCGAUUAAUAACAUUGGGAUCAACCAUUAUUUUUAACGGCCAGGCCAGGUGGCAACCCUAAUUGCUCGGCAGCUUAUUGGUUUGUGUAUGGCCAAUAUCAAUCCGUCAGGCAAUGGCAUCAUCAUCCUCUCCUGCUGGAUCUUCAUAUACUUCCCUCAUGGGAUCCAGAGUAUUUGUUCUGGGACCCAAAACACUGCAUCAGCUGAAACGGACAAGGCUACCAAGGAGAGUGUGUGGCUAGCUAUGCCUGCAGUUCAACUCCUGAUGAAACAGACCUGGGUGUUUAUUGCAGGAAAUUUAGAAUGUAAGCUCUGCUGGGGCAGGGAUUUUGCAGUAUAGAAUUUUGGAUUAUAUAAAGCAAUAGAAUUGGAGGAAUUUUUAAUAGAAGUUUUUGUAGUUUUGCAUAUCCAUGUAUUGCUUCUAUAAUAGAUGGCCUUUAAGUACAAGUAAACCUUAAAAAUAAGUGAAUGCAAAAUUAAGGAGGGUGCUAUUUUAAGCACUUUUGCAAUUU